UCCGCCCCCUCGGGCCGGGGUCCCGUUGCCAUGGUGAGAGCGCUCGUGCUGCUGGCGCUGGGGGGGCAGGGCCCCGCUGGCCACGCCCCCUGCCGCGUGCUCUGCGCACGCUCCUUCGGGACCCCCCCACCCCCCCCGACCGGGACCCCCCCCCCCGAGGACCCCCCCCGGGAGCGGUUACGUCGCCAGGAGCAGAUCGCGGCUGUGGCGAGGCAAGUGGCCACCCAAUGCCACCUCCUCUCCUCCUCUGCCCCCAUUCCCACCGAUCCCAUCUCCUUCCAUCACUCUCCCUAUGGGGUUUUCCAGCUGCCUCCUGGUGAUCCCUUUCCGGAGCCGGUCACGGUGACCUGGAUCCAAGUGAUGACAUUGGCUUUGGCUUUGGUCUGUGAGCCCCACGAGAACCUUGCCUUGGCUGAGCUCACGCUCCGGCGCUUGGCUCCGCGCUUCCUGGCAUCCCUGCGGCUCCUGGAUCCCGGAUCCAAUGCCCUGCUCCAUCCGGAUGCGGCCGAUGGGGUCCUUGAGAGGCUCCUGCCCCAUGGGGAGAUGCUGUUCCUCAAUGAGGGAUUCAUCCAAGGCAUGGAUCGGGAGAUGGGCAUCAAGAGGUCCCGGUGAGAUGGGUGCGGAUGGACACCGCAUCCAAUGGGAUGGAUGGAGCAUCCGUAGAUCGGGAAUAAAGAGCAAUGAGGCAGACGA